AUAUCUUCUCUAGGAAAAGUUUUUGAUGGAAAACAACGAUUGAACCAAAAAAUUCUGCCUUUAAACUAGGAAAUUAGGAAUUACUUGCACUAGUUAUAGUCCGGUGCAACAUGACCGCCUUAGUACUAAGCCGGAACAUGCAGCUGGCCAAACACCAUGGCAGUGGUGUCGUGAGCGUGCUCUGCCUGCGGGGCUAUGCCGCAGCCGCUGAGGAUGCGCCACGUCCCCUGAAGACCACCAAUCCGGCUGCCAUGAAGCGCGGCACGGGCGGACGCAGCAGCUUCAACGGAAUCGUGGCCACCGUUUUCGGAGCCACAGGCUUUGUGGGUCGCUAUGUGUGCAACAAGCUGGGCAAGUCCGGCUCACAGAUGAUUCUGCCGUAUCGCGGUGAGGACUCUGAGGUUAUCCGCCUGAAAGUCACCGGCGAUCUGGGUCAGGUGCUGUUCCACUUUUACAAUCUGGAGGAUGCCGCUUCCAUUCGCAAUGCUGUCAAGCACUCGAAUGUGGUCAUCAACUUGGUUGGCCGCGACUUUGAGACCAAGAACUUCAAGUUCAAGGAUGUCAAUGUCACUGGCGCUGAGAGGAUUGCCAGGAUCUGCCGCGAGGCUGGCGUGGAGAGAUUAAUUCACCUCUCGUCUCUGAAUGUGGAGGCCAAUCCCAAGACGCUGUAUGUCAAGGGCGGCAGUCAGUGGCUGAGGAGCAAAUACGAGGGAGAGCUCCGCGUGCGCGAUGCCUUCCCCAAUGCCACAAUUAUUCGACCAGCCGAUAUCUACGGCUCGGAGGACCGCUUCUUGCGCUACUAUGCACACAUCUGGCGUCGCCAGUUCCGCUCGAUGCCGCUCUGGCACAAGGGAGAGCGCACCGUGAAGCAGCCCGUCUACGUGACGGAUGUGGCCCAGGCCAUCAUCAACGCUGCCAAGGACCCGGAUACCGCUGGACGCAUCUACCAGGCUGUGGGACCCAAGCGGUAUCAACUGAGCGAGCUGGUCGAUUGGUUCCAUCGCGUGAUGCGCAAAGAUCAGAAACGUUGGGGCUAUCAGCGUUACGACAUGCGCUGGGACCCCACCUUCCUGAUGAAGGCCAAGCUCACCAGCUUCAUUUGUCCCGGUGCGCCCAUUGGUGGUCUGCACCCGGAACGCAUUGAGCGCGAAGGCAUCACCGACAAGGUUCUACCCGGUGUGCCCACUCUGGAGGAUCUGGGUGUUCAGCUGACCACCAUGGAGCAGCAGGUGCCCUGGGAGCUGCGUCCAUAUCGCGCUGCCCUCUACUACGAUGCCGAGUUGGGUGAAUUCGAAACACCGGAGCCACCAAAGACCAUUGAGGCGCGUGAGGAGCUGCGCUUGUUUGCCUAAUUAAUGGAAUGAGUGUUGAUUGGAAAUUCUUAGUAAAACUUUAACAAGGCGAUGCGUCAAUAAAAGAAAGUCUACAAUUAAAACGACUACAGAUUCUGAUAAAAA